AUGGACAGCUGUAGCGGGAAGAGGCCCCGAGUGCGCGCCUUCGCCCAACCGGCUGGCCGCAAGCUUGAGAAUGGGCCAAUGAGGAGGCGGCGGGGCAGCGUGGGGAGCUACCUGAGCCGGGCUCUGCCUGCCGAUCAGACUGGAAACUUCCAGACGGCCAGGGGGAUAGCUCCCCCAUCCCAUGGAUCCGGAUAUGCCCCCUCCUAUGGGCCUGAGCCUAGCAGACAGGGCUGCUGCUUCCCUGAGACCGAGAUCUGGAGGGUGGCCUCCCAGUGCCCAGCUUUGCCUCCCUGCUUGGGGUCGGGGGUCUGGGGCUGCCGGCUGGUGCCUGAAGCAUCCUGGCCUCCCCUUCCCCAGAUCAGUGGGCAGCUCUCCCCUCGCCUGUUCCGGAAGUUGCCGCCCAGGGUCUGCGUGUCCCUCAAGAACAUCGUGGAUGAGGAUUUCCUCUACGCAGGACACAUCUUCCUGGGCUUCUCUAAGUGCGGCCGCUACGUCCUGUCCUACACCAGCAGCAGCGGGGACGAUGACUUCUCCUUCUACAUCUACCACCUGUACUGGUGGGAGUUCAACGUCCACAGCAAGCUCAAGCUGGUCCGGCAGGUGCGGCUCUUCCAGGACGAGGAGAUCUACAGCGACCUGUACCUGACCGUGUGCGAGUGGCCCAGUGAUGCCUCCAAGGUCAUCGUGUUCGGCUUCAACACGCGCUCCGCCAACGGGAUGCUCAUGAACAUGAUGAUGAUGAGCGACGAGAACCACCGGGACAUCUACAUCAGCACCGUGGCCAUUGAGCCCGAGUGAACCCGUGUGGCGUGUGUUGCUGCAGGCGACCCGAGCGCCCAGUGCCUGCGGCACGGCUUCAUGCUGCACACCAAGUACCAGGUGGUCUACCCCUUCCCCACUUUCCAGCCCGCCUUUCAGCUCAAGAAGGACCAGGUGGUGCUGCUCAACACCAGCUACUCCCUGGUGGCCUGCGCCGUCUCCGUGCACUCGGCAGGUGAUGGCGGUUUCUGCCAGAUCUUAUAUGACCACACAGCCUCCCCUCCAGCACCUCCCAGCCCCCCUGGGCCCCAGAGCCCAGAGAUGCCCCCUGCCCUCCCCAGCUUCUGCCCGGAGGCGGCCCCAGCCCGGCCCUCUGGGGCCCCUGAGCCCUCGCCCGCCAUCGCCAAAGCCAAGGAGUUUGUGGCCGACAUUUUCCGCAGGGCCAAAGAGGCCAAGGGGGGCACGUCCGAGGAGGCCCGGCCGCCCCCCUGCCCAGGGCCCACAGGCAGCCGCUGCCGCCCACCCUCAGAGCUCCCAGCCCCGUGCGGGGAGGCCGUGCCCCGGGACAGCCCCCCUGCGGCAGAGACACCAGCCCCCGAGCCUGAGCCCGGAUACGUCAACUACACCAAGCUGUGCUACAUGCUGGAGGCCGGGGAGGGGGCUGAGCCGGAUGACGAGUUCGAGGAUGACAAGAUCUCCCUGCCCUUCGUGGUGACGGAUCUCCGUGGCCGCAACCUGCGGCCCAUGCGGGAGCGGGCGGCCGUCCAGGGUCAGUGCCUGACGGUGGAGCAGGUCACGCUGGACUUCGAGUACGGCAUCAAGCACGACGCCACCUGGGGCCACCAGUUCUGCUCGUUCAGCGACUACGACAUUGUCAUCCUGGAGGUCUGCCCGGAGACCAACCAGGUCCUCAUCAACAUUGGCCUGCUGCUGCUGGCGUUCCCGUCACCCACCGAGGAGGGUCAGCUCCGACCAAAGACCUACCAUACGAGCCUCAAGGUGGCCUGGGACCUCAACACGGGCAUCUUCGAGACAGUCAGUGUGGGCGACCUCACUGAGGUCAAAGGGCAGACCAGGUGAGGUGGGGCCGAGGGUGGGCUGGGGGGUAUGGUCCGGGA